UUUGUUAUCGCCCAGAAGGUCAUACUGUUGUGUUGUGAAAUUUGUUUUCUGCGCCGAGCCAACAAUUCAAAAAUCUUUCUGUAAAUAAUCUUCUUUAAUGGCUUCUAACAAGGAAUGCCUUAUAAUAGUGCUGGAUGUGCGCACCUGUGCCGCCGAAGAAGUCAAACUGAAAUCGGCGAAAUGUGUGGCGGAGAUUAUUAAGGAUAAGAUCGUCUGCGAUAAGAAGGACUUUGUCUCCUUCGUCCUGGUGGGAUGCGACGAUAAAGAAAAAGAAACCGAACCAAAUGUGGUCCCAUAUGGAGACCCACAACUUUGCAAUUGGCAUCUUCUGCUGGAAUUCUUCAAAUUUGUUAAUAAAACAGCCUGCGAGGAAGGACAAUGGUUAGAUGGUCUUCAGGCAGCAUUGAAGCUUCAGGAAACCGCACUUUCUUUCAAGCCCGCCAGACGAAGGAUUCUCCUGCUCUUCGAUUUUAAUGACUUUCCGCAGGACUACGAUAAGUUCAACGAAAUUACGGACUACUUGCUGAAAGAAAACAUUGAUUUGAUUGUGGGCACCCACAACAUAGCCUACAAGGACAAUGCCGAGACGGAUCAGCCGCAGGCCAUUUUCAACUUCUCGCGGAAAUGUGGUGCUGAGGAGCUGGAAAACCAGAAGCACGUCCUCAGCCUCGUUCCCCGCUGCAAUGCAACGUUGUGCAGCUUCAAGGAGGCCCUGCUCACCGUUUUUAAGGUGACCAACCGACGACCCUGGGUGUGGAACGCCAAGCUGCACAUCGGCAGCAAGAUCUGUAUCAGUCUGCAGGGCAUGAUCGCCAUGAAGAACCAGACGCCCGUAAAGCUGACGAAGGUCUGGGCGGAGAAGGAUGAAACGGUGACCCGGGAGACGCGACACUUCAUCAAGGGCAGCGAAAUAACGCCACUGCCGGAGGAUCUGAUGUCUGGUUACAUGCUGGGCGGCACUCCGGUGCCCUAUGACGCGGACGUUCUGGAGCCCAAGGAACCGUUUCCGCCGGGUCUUCAUUUCUUUGGGUUCAUCAAACGAAAUGCUGUCCCGGAUGAGUACUACUGUGGCGAUUCUUUGUACCUUCUGGUGCACCAGAAGAAUAACAAGGCCGCCGCCGUCAAAUUGGACGCUCUGGUCCGAGCCCUCAUCUCGUCGGAUCGGGCCAUCAUCUGCUGGAAGAUCUUUAGCACCAAGUUUAACAGGCCGCAAAUGGUUGUGCUGCUUCCCCGUCUAGCAGACGACACUCAUCCGGCUACUUUGUACAUGCUGGAAGUUUCCUAUACGAGUCAACACCAUUUCUGGGAUUUCCCCAGUCUGCGAACGAGCAAGACGCAGUGCAGCGAGGACCAGCUGCAGGCCAUAGACGAGCUUAUCGAUAGCACCGAUCUGGAAUGCACCCUACGGGACACGCAGCAACCACGUCCAUGGGCCCAGAAUGAUCUGCUUCCCUUCGACGGGCUGCCCAGCAUCUUUGAGCAGAAUGUGAUGGACAUCCUUGAGCGAAAGGUAAUCUGGAAUGAUGACCGGGAAAGUGAAAUGCUCAAGGAAAAGAAUUUCGUAGAUGUCUUUUGGCGAGUGCCGGAACCCCUAGAGGAAAAGUCGAAAAGGGCGGCUGCCAAUGUGAAGAAGCUAUUUCCCCUGCGCUACAGUCGCGCCUGGCAGGAAAAGCUGCUCGCCAAAGAGCAGGCAGAAAAUGGAGUGCCCGUCAAGCAGGAACCAGCGGAGAAAGAAAUCCCGAUGCCAUCGGAUGGCGUGAGCUUGACCAAUCCCGGCUCAGAUUUCACGCGCAUCCUGGCAAGCGUUCGAUCCAUCACAAAUGCCACCCAGCGGGAUGCCCGGUUUCUGGCUCUAGCUGCCGAUACCCGCGUGGUCAUCCUCACUCUUUUGGAGCGCAAAAAGCUCAACUGCGAGCAGCUGGGCGAGAUCAUCGCCCUUUACCGGCAGAGCUGUAUGGACUUCAAUACUUUCCAGGAGUACGACAAGUUCGCCGAGGAGCUUAAAAAGAUCACGCUGGCCAAGAAGCACAGCGAGUUUUGGCAGGACGUCGUGGUGGACAAACAAUUGGGACCUUUGGUAAUGGGCGAACUAACGCUGGACGACGAACUUGCCCUGAAAGCCUACUACACCAUUGAGAAUUGGCAGGAGAAGGAGCCAAACGAUACAGAAGACAUGGAGAAUUGACUUAUUAUUUUUUCUUAUAAUAAGCAACUGUGUUAUUCUGCGUCAUUUAUAUACUACUUUUUACCUUCGCCUGGAAAUAAAAUUGUUAUUAAAUUUA